UGGAGGGGGCCGGCCGCCGGAGGGGCCGCCGAGCGCGGGCGGGACCUGCCCGGAGCCCUCCGUCCCUCUCCGGACUUCUCCCGCCGCCCCGGACCGGGAACGGUGGUGGCACCCCAAAGGGCUCACAGCACUGGACUGGGAAUCGGGAGGUUUAAUCGUGACCUCCGUCUUUCAUCUCCCGCCGGGCGUUGAACGCUUCUUUCCAGACACGUCACAGGGUGCUUUUCUUUUUCACAAUGGGUGAACCUCAGCAAGUCAGUGCUCUUCCUCCACCUCCAAUGCAGUACAUCAAGGAAUAUACUGAUGAAAAUAUUCGGAAGGGUUUAGCUCCUAAACCCCCACCCCCUGUGAAAGACAGUUAUAUGAUGUUUGGCAACCAGUUCCAGUGUGAUGAUCUCAUUAUCCGGCCUUUGGAAAGUCAGGGCAUCGAACGAUUGCACCCAAUGCAGUUUGAUCACAAGAAAGAACUGAGGAAACUCAACAUGUCCAUUCUGAUUAACUUCUUAGACCUCUUGGAUAUUUUGAUAAGGAGCCCAGGAAGUAUAAAAAGGGAGGAAAAACUGGAAGAUCUCAAGCUACUCUUUGUCCAUGUGCAUCAUCUUAUAAAUGAAUACCGACCCCACCAAGCAAGGGAAACCCUGAGAGUUAUGAUGGAGGUGCAGAAACGACAACGCCUGGAGACAGCCGAGAGAUUUCAGAAACACUUGGAACGAGUUAUAGAAAUGAUCCAGAACUGCCUCGCAUCCUUACCUGAUGAUCUGCCCCAUUCUGAGGGAGGACUAAAGUUAAAAACUGAAGCAAUGGAUGCUGAUGACAGCAACAGUUGUAUUGGACAGAAUGAGCACCAGAGAGAGAUUUCUGGUCACAGGAAAGAUCAGAUUAUAGAGAAAGAUGCUGCUUUGUGCAUCCUAAUUGAUGAAAUGAAUGAGAGACCUUGAAAGGUUUUCUGUUUGUAAUUGCCUAAACAUUUUACGGGGCAAAAUGAAACAGGAUUGUAUGUUGGAAAGGCUUGGAGAUUUGUUUUUCUUUGCUGGAGAGUGGAGAGGUUUAGACUUCGUGAAACUCUUGUGUAUAUAAAAGUCUAAAUCAGAAAGUUUUAUUUUUUCUAGUGAAAAUUAACUUUCUUACAACUGACCAAAAUAGAGAAGAAAUGUUGCUCAGUUGUUUGGGCUGAAAUACAUAUAAUUUUUAAAAAAAGUCUAACCUCUAGUAAACCAAAUAAACCCAGGUCAACUUGUCCCUUAUUUUCAUAAUUGCUACUUUUCUUUAUUGAUCAUAAAUAAGAUUCUCUAGAACCUUUGGGGUUAUAGGUAUUAGUAAUUACUGAUUUUAGAAUUAAAUCUCUGUAGAUAGUAUAAUUCACAUAAAAGCAUUAUCGGAGUCCAGAAGAUGUUUUCCCGGAAGCUAUAUGUUAUAAACUACAACCUUAAGUUUGAUCGAAUGAUUAUGAAUGGCAUGUAGUUUUAAGUAACCAUUAUUUUCCUUCUGACAAGGUGUCUUAUUGGUCUUUAAUUCUUUAAAAAUGUAAAAUCUGUAUGUGGUCCAGCCAAUUCCUUUUUUCUGAUAGUAGUAGUAGUAUUGUUUUGAGCACUCUCAAGGGCAUGGCACUAUACUAAGUGCUUGGAAAGCAGAGAACAAAGACGGGAUGUUUUCUUUGCCCACAAGAAGCAUAUAUGCUAAUGGGGGAGACCAAUAAAAAUAUUUACAAGAGUUGCCAUGAUAAAUAAUUGAUAUAUACUACCAAAGUGGUCAGUGAUUUCAAAUUAACAAGUUUUUACCGCAUUUUUACAGUGCCUGACUCUGGGGUUUAAGAUACCAUACUGAAUUGUAUGCCUUGACGUGAAUUUCAUUAACGUUAGGUUGAUGGCACCAUUUUGACAGGAUAGCCAUUACGUCUAGGUAGUUCUGUUGUCUGCUAAUGGGGAGAAAAAUGGCAAAAGUAAUUGACAUUCACAUAGCCCCAAAACUUUAUUGUACAUAGUAGUUCUCCAGAGCAUCAUUCACCUCUAGCUGUUAAUCAAGUAGCAAAAUUGACCCACUUAAGUUUUAUCUUUUUGCCUACAUGUUAUAUUGGAAAGGGUUCUGUGUUUUUUUAAGUCAAAUAGUGGGAUUCAAGGGCGAGGAGACAAAGUGCAUAAACAUCUCUCACUGCCA